AUGGAUAGUAACAUCCACCUGAGUAGCUUGAUAAGCCGGCAUGAUGAUGAAGCCACGAGAACAUCUACCUCAGAAGGGCUGGAGGAGGGAGAGGUGGAGGGGGAGACUCUCCUGAUCGUUGAAUCGGAGGACCAGGCAUCAGUGGACUUAUCUCAUGAUCAGAGUGGGGAUUCCCUCAACAGUGACGAAGGAGAUGUGUCCUGGAUGGAGGAGCAGCUGUCCUACUUCUGUGACAAGUGCCAAAAAUGGAUACCGGCCAGUCAGCUGAGGGAACAGCUCAGUUACCUUAAGGGUGAUAAUUUUUUUAGAUUCACUUGUUCCGAUUGCUCAGAAGAUGGCAAGGAGCAGUAUGAAAGGCUGAAACUGACAUGGCAGCAAGUCGUCAUGCUGGCAAUGUAUAACUUGUCUCUGGAAGGAAGUGGACGGCAAGGUUAUUUCCGAUGGAAAGAAGAUAUCUGUGCUUUUAUUGAGAAACAUUGGACCUUUUUACUGGGGAAUAGGAAGAAGACUUCGACCUGGUGGAGCACAGUAGCAGGUUGCCUCAGUGUGGGAAGCCCCAUGUUCUUCCGUUCAGGGGCUCAAGAGUUCGGAGAACCAGGAUGGUGGAAGCUCGUUCACAACAAGCCACCAACAAUGAAGCCUGAAGGAGAGAAGCUGUCUGCCUCUACCCUGAAAGUAAAAGCCUCCAAACCAGCUUUGGAUCCCAUCAUUACUGUGGAGGGCCUUCGAAAACGGGCAAGUCGUAAUCCCGUGGAAUCUGCCAUGGAAUUAAAAGAGAAAAGGUCUCGUACUCAGGAAGCAAAGGACAUUAGGAGAGCCCAGAAGGAAGCAGCUGGCUUUCUGGACAGGAGUACUUCUUCGACCCCUGUGAAGUUUAUAAGCCGCGGCCGCAGGCCAGACGUGGUUCUAGAAAAAGGGGAAGUGAUUGACUUCUCGUCCUUGAGCUCCUCUGACCGCACCCCUCUGACAAGCCCGUCUCCUUCUCCGUCUCUGGAUUUCUCUGCCCCUGGGACCCCCGCCUCUCACUCGGCCACACCCAGCUUGCUUUCAGAGGCAGAUCUGAUUCCAGAUGUGAUGCCACCACAAGCCUUGUUUCACGACGAUGACGAGAUGGAAGGCGAUGGAGUCAUAGACCCAGGGAUGGAGUAUGUACCUCCGCCUGCUGGGGCAGCAGCUUCUGGGGCAGUGGUCGGGGGCAGAAAGAAGGUCAGAGCGCCUGAACAGAUAAAGCAGGAGGUGGAGAGCGAGGAGGAAAAGCCUGACAGGAUGGACAUUGACAGCGAAGACACAGAUUCCAACACAUCUUUGCAAACGAGGACUCGAGAGAAGAGGAAGCCCCAGCUGGAGAAGGACAGGAAACCUAAAGGGCCCAAGUACACCCCCGUGAGCAUCUACGAGGAGAAGCUACUCCUGAAGAGGCUGGAAGCUUGUCCCAGUGCCGUUGCCAUGACGCCAGAAGCUCGCAGACUGAAGCGGAAAUUGAUUGUCAGACAAGCGAAAAGGGAUAGGGGAUUACCACUUUUUGACUUGGAUCAAGUUGUUAAUGCUGCUCUUCUGUUAGUUGAUGGAAUUUAUGGAGCCAAAGAAGGGGGAGUUUCCAGGCUUCCAGCUGGACAAGCCACAUACAGAACAACCUGUCAGGACUUCAGAAUCCUUGACCGAUACCAGACUGCCUUGCCAUCCAGGAAAGGGUUUCGGCACCAGACCACUAAGUUUCUGUAUCGUUUGGUGGGAUCAGAAAAUAUGGCUGUGGACCAGAGUAUCGUCAGCCCUUACACCUCUCGGAUCUUGAAACCUUACAUCAGGCGUGAUUAUGAAACAAAGCCACCCAAACUGCAGCUCCUGUCACAGAUUCGCUCCCACCUGCAUAGGAGUGACCCUCAUUGGACCCCGGAAGCUGACGCACCUCUUGAUUACUGCUACGUCCGGCCAAAUCACAUCCCAACAAUAAACUCUAUGUGUCAGGAGUUUUUCUGGCCUGGCAUUGACCUGUCUGAGUGCCUGCAGUAUCCAGACUUCAGUGUGGUUGUCCUUUAUAAAAAAGUUAUCAUUGCCUUUGGCUUCAUGGUUCCUGACGUGAAGUACAAUGAAGCUUACAUUUCAUUUCUGUUUGUCCAUCCUGAGUGGAGAAGAGCAGGGAUCGCAACUUUCAUGAUUUAUCAUCUGAUUCAGACCUGCAUGGGCAAGGAUGUGACCCUUCACGUCUCGGCAAGCAACCCUGCUAUGCUGCUCUACCAGAAGUUUGGAUUCAAGACUGAAGAGUACGUCUUAGAUUUCUAUGAUAAAUAUUACCCGUUGGAGAGUACGGAGUGUAAACACGCGUUCUUCCUGAGGCUCCGGCGCUGAAGUGAGCACAGCGCUUCACAGAGAGACGCGUGUGCUGUCAGAGGUGGGUCCUCACGUAGGCCCGAAGGCAGGUGUUCACGUCCCCGUGGGCCCUCAUCUCUGCGAUCAGACGUCCCUUCAGACCUCUCGCUGGAGGCUACACAGGCGGUGGGCAGAGGAAUUGAAUAGUGCAUAGCCCGUCAGCAGAACCGCUGUCCUGUCCUGUCCUGUCCUGCACAGGCCUGGGCCCACAUCUUGGGACUCCACAGUUAACUGGAACCGAGCGGUGCUGCUGUCCUUCCGCCAAACAGCUUCAGCAAUAAAGGAUUCUCGGGGAGAGAGAAUCUGUUCUAAUUUAAAGGAUGAGGAAGGGUGGCAGUCAUUAACGAGGGGUGCUGUGUCAUCGGGACAACGGGAGAUUACGAGGUGAUCACACAAAGGGCCGGCACUUCCCCAGCCGUCGAUGAGCCAUCAUUGAACCCAGAGGACCUUCAGGGCACUGAGGUUCUGCUGUCUCCCUGACUUUGGCCACAGUCAAAAUAAACAUGGUGUUUGUGUCCACA